UCCAAAUCCAAAAAACAGAACUGUGCCACUGUGGUUUAGUUUUGUUGGCGCGUUACCGGGCGUCCUCCCGCUAGUUUUAUUGAAAUGGCUUUAGUGUGCUGGAAAACUUUGUGACAGGCUUCCUAAACCUGGCACAGUAUGUUUGUUGGUUGAUCAGUCGAUUGGCCAGCCGUUUCUGCGUGUGUGUUUUGAUCGUCGCUCUUUAUCCAUUCACUCCGGAAAGAGUCGCUGUGUUCUGCAAGGACUGCCUGCAGCCAUGACGCAGCGGCGGCUUCCAAGCACGACCGCGACUGCCCGCGAUGUAAAAAGUGUUCCAGCCACAGUUGCAGACAAGCAGCUGAUGGGGGAAGAACACUGCAGCCUGCAAGUGGCCUUCGAGGAACUACAAUGUCACCUAAGACAGUCAAGGGACGAGAUUGCCCGCCUUGAACGUGCCAAGGCAAAGCUUCGGGCAGAGGUUGAGGCAAAAAACAUUAGCCUGGGCUACCUCCAGCAGCAGUUAGACAAACGUGACCAAGAAACAGAAGACUUGAAAUCAAAGCUCGAGGAGCAGAACCAACGGAAUACUGACCUCGCUCAGCAGCUCGCAGAAGCCCAGAAAGCAAAUUCUGGAGGCUUUGGUCCAUAUACUCUGCCACAGUCCUCAAAGAAGCAGCCAUUUCGCUACCCUGUGGAAGUGGGCGUACAGGAUUCGGACCAAGAAGACCCUUCUGUGUGGACGUUGGAUGGCAUGUCACAGUUGUUGAUGGCCCGAAUGCAGCAGGAGAUGAAAAGCUUAGAAGAGCUGGGCGGAGAAGUCAUCGAAGAUCUACCGUCAAGCGAUGGGUCAAGGACACCCCUGCUCAGCCACGACCAACCACGCAGAGGAGGAACAAAGGGAGCAGACGAAGAAGACACGAGACAGUAUGACAGCAGCCUGCAAGCUGCAAUGCGGCUUAUUGCCACACUGACUGCGCAGCUUAACACAGCCAGGGAGAAGGUGCUGGGCCAGAGGGCAGCACUGCUCUCUACUCUGGCAAGGCUUAGAGACUGCGGACUCUUCUUUCCGUUUGUGUGCCAGAUAACCAGCCCAAGAGGCAAGGCGAACGUACCAGCCGGCCAGCGUUUAGCGGAUCAAGACCCUCGGAUGAAAGUUUUCGUGUCUACUUCACACAGCAGCUCUCUGCAAGCAGCCCCAACACAGAAGUGUCACAAGGCACCCUACCAGAAGAGGAGCUCGAGAGGGUUUGUCCAAUCUGUGAGGUCCUCUUCCCGCGGCGAUACACUCAGGAUGACUUUGAAGGUCACGUCCUGGAGCACCUUUCAGGGCAUCCACUAGUGCUUGAUCCAGCACAGUAGACCCUAUCAAAAGGAUCGAUUUUAUUGUUAUCAGUCCAUAGAAAUUGUUGCCCGUAUAUGUUGUCUGCUAUGUGUAUGGCUGUUGAGCACACAGCUAAUCUUAUGGCACACAGAUUCAGCCAGUCAGAAAGCAUGUUUAAUUUAACUGCCUGGUGUUCAACAAAUGCAUAUAGCCUGCAUGGUUGAAUUUAUUGAGGUGUACCAAAUAUAUAAGUGUUGCAACAAUACCUUGAUUUGCAAGAGUUGGUUCAUAUUGACAGCAUUCAUAUAAUAGCGCCAAGGACAAAGACGAAAAGAACACAUAUGGUAGGACUGGCACUGAUUUCAGCACUUGUCCUGCCAUGUGUGUUCUUUUCAUCCUCGUUCAUAGUGUUGUUAUGGGACCGCUGUAAGUGUUGAUCGCAGGCAUUGCGUCAUGUUGUAGCGCAUAUAAACACAAUAUGUACUGUCAGUAUCGAAUUUAUAGAUCACGUUAUCUGAGAAAAUGUGGUGAGGUUCAUGGGUUCACUCCCGGCCACGGUGGCUACAUUUCAAUGGGGGCGAAAUGCAAAAACUCUAGUACGUUGAUUUAGGCGCUCGUUAUGAACCCCAAAUCGUCAAAAUUAAUCCGGAGAACCCUGCUAUGGCGUGCCUCAUAUUUUGAUACCGACUUUACAUUAAAUGAACCAUAUUAAGUGUAAGCUUCAUCCCAGACAUUUAUCUGGUGUUCCCAUUCAAAAAAACGGAAAAAGGGAACUGCUGUCAUUGGGCAACAGCUCAACUGAGCUUUACGAACUUUACAGCAUUUAAAAGAAAAGUACAAAUCUAGUGACCAUAUGAAGAAAUGUCAUUAUUUAAUCCUCCCGUUGUGUUUCUUGAAAUUUCAAAACCUGUAAAUUGUGUAUUAUUCCUUGGCUGAAUAAUGAUAAAUAUCAACUGUUCAGAAACUGCAGUUGUCAGAGCAUUUAGAUUUUAAAGCAGGUUGAGCAGCAUUAUCCAAUCAGGUGUUUUAUUUGAGUAUCUUCUGCUCACAGUUCAUGUGCUGAGCUUCUUACGUGGAACUCUGUUCAUUGCAUGCUGUCAAAGCAGGUAUUGCAGAGAAAUGAGCUGCAAGCAUACUAUUUGGCUACAAGAAAAUAAAGAAGUCAAGUGGAUACAUCGUCACAGUCAGCUCGGUAGCAGACCAAAGGUUACGUCUGGUAUGUUGCAGCCAACACAAGCACUGUAUGCGCGAGCAGUUGCAUUUACAUUUCACGGCUACAUAUUGCCUGUGUAAUGAAGAAGGCAAGACGACGACGAAGCAGCCAAGCAAGCAAGCCACAGUGUUGGUGGUAGGCACGCGACCAGAGCUUACACUUGCCCGGAUUUUUGGCCGCUUGACGCCCACCAUUUCUUGACACUUGCCUCUGACGUUCCUCAUGGUUCCGCGUGACACCUGUGACGAUCAUGCAUCUGUACAGAGAAGACUGUAAACGCUGAGCUGAAAUAGUCUAUUCCUGAAAAACUAUGACUGCUUGACAUCGCCAUUGCCUUUCGUCUCACUACGCUUGCUGUUGUCUUUUAUUGUGAGUACUUAAUAAAUCAAAUAAUAAUUAAAUAAUAAGUGGGGAAAAAGCAGGCUGGUGAACAAGCAAUUGCCAACUACAACGUCGUUUCUAGGAACGCUAGAGGAGAGAUGCUGGUAGAAUUUGCAUAAAGGAAUAAGCUGAGAAUAAUGAACGUUAAGAGAGAGAAAGAGAGUGGUUUGGAUCAGAGAGCAAACGGGUAUAGCCAAUAUUCUAAUUGACAUUAAGAGAAAAAAAUGGUGCUGGGAAGGUCAUGUAAUGCGCAGGUUAGGUAACUGUUAGACCAUUAGGGUUACAGCAUGGGUACCAAGACAAGGGAAGUGCUGUAGAGGACGGCAGAACUAGGUGGGGCGAUGGAAUUAUGAAAUUCGCGGGUGCUAGUUGGAAUCGGUUGGUGCUGGACAGGGGUAAUAGGAGAUCACAGGGAGAGGACUUCGUCCUGCAGUGGACAUAAAAUAGGCUGCUGCUGACGAUGAUGAAUAAAUGUACUCAAGGACGUUAAUCAAAAUUAUGCUCCAACAUCUGCAGCAACUGCAUUCCAAGGAGGCCGUCAUGCAAAACUACUUGUCUGCAACACUUUGGAUGCGCAUUAAGGAACCAGAGUUGGUCAAAAUCAACUGGGAGCCCUCCACCCACUACAACAGCUCUCGUAGCCCGUUGUGUUGCUUUGAGAUGGUUAACCCAAUCAACCAUUCGAUCAGUUAAUUAGAAUUAUGCUUCCUGUUACUUUUUUCUCUAAUACUCGUAUCAGUUUUGUGGUUGCCCAGUGAAAGCAUUUUCAUGUGGCCCUUGUGCUGUAAAAUACAAAUUAAUUAAUGCACUUUUCAUAAACAAGUCAAUCCACAUGGGACCAACAAUGUUGAUCCCAUGAACAAUAUGAGGGACUCAUCUGGCUGAUUCUCUCAGCACCAGCCAUUUUUGGAGAUAUGAAAUUUUUGUGAAUUUAAUGCUAAUGAAUCGUUUGAACCUCUCAACAUGCAAACUCGCUAGAAGGGCUCUUUUAUAGCACUUUAAUGCGAAGAUUGCAUUUGAACUCAAGGUAAAGCCUCUUUUCAAGGGACGCAGAUGUAGGAAAAAUAUGCACACGCAGGUCCUGAUACCAGGUUGUACAAUACAAGCUGUAUACUUAGUGAGUUGUUUCACAUGUCUUCUGGGCGUUCUUUUGUAUUUAGAGCAUUUACUAGCCAUGACAGGGUGGCAUUAGCCACAGUGUGAAUUUGACAGGGUAAAGGGCUAUGCAAUGAUUGCUGUAUUGCAUUUGCAAGUGAGCACAGUUCUUCAUUUGUUAGUACAGUCACCGACAAAUGAAAUUCAAUAAUGUAAAUUCUGUGCAUUUGGAAUCCGAGUAUUGUAUGAUGGUGCGCUGUGAAAAAAUUUUUGCCUAUUAUUCAGAUACAAAAUCUUUAAAUCGCUUGUGCUCCUCAUAUCUAUAGUUUAGCACAUCCUGUAGCAUUUGCUUUUCACUGGUGCACAAUAUGUAGGGACCUCCUGCAAUAUCAUGUUUUCUUUGUUGCCAACUGUACACAUUGACCAAAUAGGCUACUAUUUAAACUGGUUCAUUUUUUGCCCUGUUCACAUGGUGUAGGCAGAUGCAGAGAGCUGCUCUCUGCAGUGUCAUUCAUGAUGGAAUUAUCAUUUGUCCAGUGCUUUUCUGGCAAACCCAGAACACUGCCAGUGCACACUGAAUGCGUCACGAGAGAUUCAGCUUUAAUGCAUGUGGCAAAUACGUAUUAACAUGUUGGUGCUUUCAGUGACACUGCAGUGUGUUAACAACAAAGACGUUCUGCUGUUGGGCACAUUUGAUGCCUAUAACAUUGCAGUGGCCACAUAUCGUUGGGCAUGAGGUGUAAGGAAAAACAAAUCCCUGUAUGCCGAGCUAUCGGUGCUGAUUUACGAGACCCCAGUUAGUGAUAAAUAUUCUGGAACCUACUACUCUGGUGUCCCUCACAGCUCUCUGUAGCUUCGGGACUUUGCUACAUAACUACAUGUAUCAGUUAAGGUUAUAGCAAGACAGUUUAAUAGAAUUCUGCAAGCACAUAUACUAUUGAACAGGGUGAAUGAACUUGGCUUUGGGAUGUAAAACUUCAUCUGUUAAAAAAAAAUAUUUUAGUUUUCUGGUAAUGGACACGUAGUAAUAUAGAGAAGUGAUAAAGCCUUCUUCAGCUGUUUCUUUUACCCCUGCUUACCACUGAAUCUCCACACCUUGAUUGAGUUAAGUGUGUUUUCAAAAAACACACAUACGAGCAAGUUUGCUUUGCAAUAAGUGUUGCUGAAUUUUCCAUCUAAAUGUCAGCGAAUGACACUGUGACACUGAGUCACACUUGCUUGAGGUGACACUGAAGCUGCCCACCUGGAAAGUGUAUUACUCCAUUUCGUCUAUAAAUCUGCCAAAGAAUUGAAAGGAAAAUUGAAAAUGAAACUCACGGUUGCUAAAUUAUGAUGCCAGAGUCAAGUUUGUCAGGUGCUCUGACAAAGAAAGAAAGCAACAUUGUGUGCAUGCUGGCACUUAAUUAUUGACUGAGUCAGGAACUAGGUGCACUAAGAACUGUAAAUUAAGUACUGAAUAGAGAGAAAGAAAAUUAAUGGGCGAACAUCCAGAAAUGCUUCACUAGACCAACUUGUGCUGCUUACUGUCUGUUAUGUUUCUGGAAAUUGGUUUCUGCCUUUACCAGCACAGUUUUCUGACAAAAAUAUGCUUGAGAAAUGUGCUGGUUGUGUGUACCAAGUUUCUACCAGCAUGAUGGUUUGACCUUCAUGGGAAUGAUGUUAAAAUAUGCAUGAUGGAGUUAACAGGCUAUAUAGUUCCUUCUGGCAUUUCACAUCAACCUUCUUCAGGCUAGUUUGCCAUUAAAUUUAACUUUAUCUCUGAAGGUAGCAGUAGGCCAUUUUGAGAUUUUACAGGAACAAGCUGUUCAACAGAAAUUGUCAGCCAUUGUUUUCAAUUUUAAAAUGCUGCUGUAUUCAGCAUUGUGAAAAUUUCUUGAUAAAUUGAACUAGCUCUCACAAAAAAACAUAUGAAAGAACCCAUUACUACGUUAUCAGCCAAGCCAUGUAUAUAUAGUCAAUGUUGUACUCACCAUUUCCGUGAUUGUUGAACGCUUGCAAUGUGAGAGUGCCCUUUAGUUAUGUAUGUACAAAACUACAAGGAAGGGUAAGGGGUGCUUAUUGCAUGUUAUUCAAAGUUCUAGCAUGUCUGAAAGCUCUGGCACAAGCACAUGAAAUCAUUAAAUAUUAAAUUGCUAGCCCAUAACUAUGUGCCUGGGCAAUGCCAAAUGGUGAUGGUUCCUUUGUUUUUUGUUUUUUCCUAAUGGUUCUGGAGUGACUGUGAAGAGUGCAGGCACUCUUGUAUCUUCCAAAGCCAUUGUGAAUGCUAUACUUUCAGCCUGCAAGCUGCCUUCACAAUCAUUGUUCUUUUUUUUUUUCUCUUGUGGUGGAUAUCUUAACUUUUAAUCCUUGAGGCCCAAGCAGUACUUGUGGCAGCUUGUACCAGUAUUGCCAAGGCUUUGUCCCACUUGUCAAUACAACACUUGACCUGCUUACAGAAAAUGGGUUGCGCUUGUCAGAAUUUAGUGCAUGUGUUUCAGAAACCGUGCAUACUAUUUUGUGUAUUCUUUUCGUUAUCAUGCAUUCUAAUGAUUAGGUUUAAAAACGGAUUAAUUGGUUAAGGGGAGGUGCCUUAUUCUUUGAGCAAGAUUCUUUGCAUAACAUUGUGGAUAAUAUUUAAUUGUAAACAGUGUAUGUAAAAAUUUAGGGAAUUUUCACAGGCCCAAGUGUUAAAAGUUAACCUUUUCCUAUGUGGCAUUGUGUAUUGCACCACUCACCUGAAAACAGCACCUCAAACGAAAAGGGGAGAUUUUCCUGCAGGCUGUUCUAUGAAUUUUCGUUUGGCACAUUUCUUGUAUGCAUGUCUACCAGAUGUGCAAGGUAUCUGAGGACACAGCUUUGAAUUGCCAUAGACAGUAACUUUCUCAUUGUGUCUGUCUAGACACUUAACAUCAUCCACACCAACCCCUCUGUGACCUAUCUAGCACAUUCAUUCCAGGGUGUCAGCGUUCAGUCCGACACUGGAGACGAAGCAGUGCCUUGCCCUAGUCACCUUGCAUGCCGACUUGGAAGUCACCACCGCCUUGAAUGUUGUGAAAUGGUUUGUUUUCUGGGUGAGACAAGAGUUCGUGGCCAAUUAUCAGCUGAGACAAAGACAAUUAAGCACUGUCAGCCACCAUACAGACGGUUUAAUUUCUCCAGCAUGUGAAGGUCAUGAUGAGCGAGAACCUUGAAAAGUCUAUUAUGGCUACUUACGAUCAGCUUCAGGUGGCAGAAUCAAAAACAAGCUUCCUGUGCACUAUUCUAUUAGGCCCCACAUCUUAGUUACGGAUUUGCUUGAGCCCGUAAUGCCUGCACCACCCAAGAACAUCUGGCUGCGAACUUCAGCGACAAUGUCACCUUCAAUAUGGCAUCCUAGUUCCGAAUACCUAAACCUGUAGGCCGCUAUGUAUGGCAGGCGUCGCUGAGAGAAAGACUAACAAACAGCCACACUACGAUAAAUACUUGCUAAUGCCUGUUAUUGUAGAAGCAUUGCCUAACAUCUAUGUGCACUAUCUCGGAAUGUAUAGAUAUUAUUAAAGUCGAAUUCAGGCAGUAAUUGAGGCUGAGGAUGAUUUUGUUUAGUAGUCUCAAUAGAAAAGCAGCAAAAGAAACAGUGAAAAAUAUUUGGAACGAGUAUACCGAAUCUCGUCUGAAAUUUGGCGAUGUCAUUGUCCUCAAAUACCUCGCACACCCAGUAUAUUAUAACAGUAGAUAUUUGCAGCUGUGUACAGCACCUUCAUCUUUUGUGACCAACUAAAGGGUCUGGCUGUUGUGUUGAGACCAACAUAAAGACUUAAGAAGUAACUGCAAGUUUUGUGUUUUAAUAUAUCAAUAUAUUCAACACACAUGCCUGGAAGCAUCAACAUUACAAAGAUGCUCUCUCACCACGUAUUUCAGCAUCUCUGCCUAAUUUUCAUUCAGACACCAACAGUUUACAUUAUAGAACUGGUUUGUGCAUUUGACUCAUUAACAUCUUUGAUUUGCAAGUCUGUGCUUUCUCAGAUGUUUUUAUUUAAAUUCAAUCUUUUGUUUUCUUGGAAUGGUUGCAACAGCUGUCAUGAGGAGACAGAUGUGAUUACUGUUAAUAUCUGCAAUAAAGUAUGUAUAAAGCUUC